AAGCGUAAUUUUCGUGUAAUUAUUAGGAUUCACGUAGUUGUGUGCGUGCAGGAACAAUGUUGUAUAUUGCCUAACAACCUAAAAAAAGCAGUGAACGAUUUCCGUCUGUGUUUGCGCGUGGGAUAAGGGUGGAGUUUGCGUGGAGUCGUUGAAAUUAUCAUCUGGCUAUUAUUCAAUCGGUGAUGAUGGGUUUGUUCAGUUAAAAUUUGUUGAGAAUGGAGGGUUCAAUGAAUUUGGACGAUGGAUUGGAAUGGGCUGCUCACACCAACAACACUUGGUCAACCAAGGAUCUGGACAGCCUAGCCUUGAGGGAUGUUGUGCAGACACUGUACGAGAGCUUGCUGGCAAACAAGGAGAUCAAACCAUUGCCAGAGCAAGUGUCCACGUACAAUGACAUCCACAUCCUACCGGACUUCCAAUAUGAUUUACCACCAUCGUCCGAGUUGGAGCAGUACGUGAACUCGAUGCUGACCAGCCAAUUUGAUUUAGCUAAGAAUGUGUGUUCAUCCACACCGUUUGCCAUCAUCCUGAAGCAAAGACUGAUCAUUCUGAAGAGAAUUUACCAUGCGUUAAUUGCAAAAUAUAAUGACAAGGAAAUGCAGACCAGCUACAUAACAUUAGAAUCUUCACAUAAUGUUAGAUCUGACUCGGAUCCCUUGAAUGGAUCACAAGCGUUGCUGGAGAUUGGAGUGCAUUCAGGUUUAACAUUUCUCUUUGCCUUGCUGAAGCAGAACUGGUUGGACAGUUCCACACUUGGCAAGACGCCCUUGUGCAAUCCAGUCCUGCAGACAGCUAAUGAUAUUAUAGACUGUUUUCCACCGCUCUCAUUAUCAAAUGAUAAUCAGUUAACUGAUUUGGGUGUCAGUUGUUUGGGAAAGGUCUCACAAUUUCUCAAGGAAGUUGUGCUUGACACUGUAGAAGCUGAUUAUAAUGGGAAAGCUUUGGCAUCAGAGCUGCUUCUAAGUAUAUCACUGCAGAGAGGCUCACUGAGAUUCAUGCUGGACUGGAUUGCAAUGGGUUUUGAUGCCUCUGCAAAUGGUUACAAUGUGUUGAGCAGCAAGUUCAAUAUUUCGCUGCUAAAAUUGGAUAAGGAUAAGAAGAUAAAGGCAGAUGAAAGUGUUGUAGUUGGAUUAUAUGAGAGUGGUUAUAAGAUGAUUGAGGAUCUAGUGGAGUUGGCCACAGAUUACAGUGAAUGCUGCGCUACAAAUAAGACUAGGGCGCAAUUGGAGGAAGAGAAUGUUUCUGACUGUUAUGUCUGGGGAAGCAACUCUACGUAUCAGCUAGCUGAGCAUCAGGAGCACCACGAGAGGAUAACCACACCAAUAAAGUCAAGUGUAUUUAAGGAUGUGCAGCAGGUAGAAGCUGGUCAGUAUUGCACUUUUAUUAUCCACAAGGAUGGCAAAGUCAGCGCUUGCGGGAAAGGGAGUUACGGUAGAUUGGGUCUGGGCGGUUCGACCAAUCAAAAUAUGCCGAAACGUUUGAAUCUGAUUAGCGUUAUUAAGAAGUUGUCCAGCUCGAAAGGUAGCGACGGGCAUACCUUGGCUCUGUCUGAAGACGGUCUGGUGUAUAGCUGGGGCGACGGGGACUACGGUAAACUUGGCCAUGGAUCUUCCUCUACGCACAAAGAGCCUAAACUGAUCACGGGUCCCUUUCAAGAUAAAGUAAUCAAAACUAUAAACGCGGGAUAUAGACAUAGUGCUGCCAUCACCGACGAUGGAUUCCUGUACACUUGGGGUGAAGGAGAUCACGGGAGAUUGGGUCAUGGAGAUACGGAUGGUCGUGAUAUUCCAACCCUUGUUAAAGACUUGUCAGAUCUUGGGUCCGUGGCCUGCGGAUCCGCGCACACUUUGGUCGUCUCCAAUGAUGGUAAAACGGUGUGGUCGUUCGGUAUGGGAGAUGGCGGUCGCCUGGGCCAUGGGGUUACGUUGAAAGUAAUGAAACCGAAAGUGAUCGAUGCCUUCGAUGGUAUGAUCAUCAGCAAGGUCUGCGCCGGAGCUUUAUUUUCCAUAGCAUUAACUAUCAAUGGAGACUUGUAUAGUUGGGGAAAUGGGCCGGCUCUAGGUCUGGGAACGACAGACAUCAUGUUCUUGACGCCCACCCUCAUUCUGGAUCUGUGCUCCUACAAAAUAAUAGACGUGGCGGCCGGAGACAGCCACUGUCUUGCAUUGACCGAUAAAUACGAGCUGUUCUCCUGGGGCGUGAACGCGUUGGGACAGUGCGGCAAUGGGAACAUGAACAGUCCCAUCACUAAGCCGCAGAAGAUCGCCUCCUUGGUAGGUUGCCCGAUCCGACAGAUCAGCGCCGGAACUUCGCAUUCGAUCGCUUGGACGACCAUCCCGUUGGAAACGCCGCAGGUCGCAAAGCACAAACCGUUCUGCAUUGAUAUUCACGAGAGAACGUUCGAGCUUCUAAAUGAGUUUCUGCAAAAGUACACCGGUGCAUUCUUCUGCGAUUUUCCACCGCCACCCUUCAAAAAUCAGGAGGAACACCAUAGAUUCGUACUGCUCUGCUUGAAGCUGUUCCACACGCAUCUGAACUUUUGCAUGAAGUGCAACAUCGACAAAUCCGUUUUGGGAAAUAGCGCCGGCAGCCUUCGUAACAUUCUAUUCCGUUUGAUUGAUACGGUCACGCCACCGGAGAUAGACUCCAAGGUACGGGAUGUCCUCUACAUCGGAGCGACACUUCUUCUGCCGAACUUGAAGGAGCGCAUCGAACUGAUCAACGAACUGUUGCCGCACGGCGAUCAACUUUCGAAAGGACAGCAGAUGCUCCUGAAGAUCGUCCUGUACAGUUUGGAGGAGUCGCCGCAGAUUGCCGCACUCCUGGGAUACAGCUUUGCCACAGAAAAAUUCGAACAGGACGAGCUGUAUUUAACUGAGAUCCUGAUGAAAACAUUGCUGACCACUUUCAAGAAGCACACGGACGAUGUGCUGCAGAGCGUCGCGGAGCACGUGAAAUCUGACUCGAAGGGCAAAUGGUCGGCGCCGCAGAAUCAGCGGAUCAUCCACUUGAGGAAGUUGCUGUCCACGUUGCAGAAUCAUCUGCUAGCCGAUAGCGUGCUCUGCAAAUCGUCCAACUUCUAUAUACUGAGCAAUCAUUUGAUUAAUCUCUUCCCGUUAGCCGCUGAGGUUCUGAUGAACGCCGCAACUCUCAUCGAGAACUAUACAAGUAGCUUCGACAUGCUGUACAAUGUGCUGCUCGACUCUGUCGCUGGUUCGAUCUUGCUUAAGGUGCUCAACUCGCUGCUGCUGUUGCCCAGUCAUUACAUCAAGGAUAUGCUUCCACGACUGUUGGAACUACUGGAUGCGUUGGACAGAUUUAAUCGACUGCUACCAAUCGACGUGCAGAACGACAUUGAUUUCAUGGCUUCGGGUUCAACGACACCGACAUUAACGCAACUCACCGAUCAGGCAUGGGUGUGGCUUGCAGAUUUAGAAAAGACAUGUUCACUUCUGAUUGGUCACUGUAUAAGGGGUACUCUUGUCGGGGAGGCUCCAGUCAAACUGGAUAUAUUGACGAGCAAGUGGCUCAUGAAUCCCAUAUUCUCGAACGGACUGAGCGACGACAACAUAGAUCUGAAGUCUGUGCAGGCGAUUGUCUAUGGAUUGAUGAUGAAUCGUGCCGAUGAAAUGUUUUCAGUGAACUUCCCGCUGAAGCAGUACAAGUUAUGCCAGGCGGCGUUGAAUCUGCCCACGCAAUACGAUGAGGCCUGCUCGAACCAGCAUAAUUUGGAGCACAACAAUGAUAACGAUUUCUAUUGUUCGAUGAUCGAAGCCGCUGGAAUUGAGCCGUGGUUUGAUGAAGAGGACGCCAAUUCCAAGUUUCUUGAUACAGUUGUCAGAUGUUUCCUGUUUACCUGUUUGCAUCAUUGCGGACUCUCCGAUAGAUCUACGAAAGACGAGUCCGUGCAGGAAGUCUACAAGUUCGCCUUGAGCUUAAGGCAGCAUAUAAUAAAUGCCAUAUGUUUGUACGAGAAGGUCGAGAGCUCGGACGAGCAGCAGCAGGCCGAAAAUGUGAAGUUCUUUAUUUACUAUCGUGAACUCUUGAAUAGAUGCCUCUACAUAUUGCUAUCUGUUAAAGCUUUGGAUACGAGUAAAAGUGAACCUGUGAGCUCCGACGAGGAGAUCCUCGAAAUGCACUACAUAGAUUCGUAUAAGAGUUCCGAAAAGCACGGCGACGUAUAUUUAUCGAAGAUCUGUGGGUACCUGCUGAACUUUGUAUGCAACGAUUCCAGAGACAAGCAGAAUUGGACUAAGAAGAACAUGGAAAUAUGGAGCGCGCAGCUGGUAGAGUUGGACGAGGCUCUGAGGAGGCACAAAACUCGAGCGGAUGAUCGCCUGAAAAGUUUUGAGCAAAUCCAUCAGCUUAUGCAAAAGUCGUUCGCUGAUUCUAACGUGACGAUGCGUAAUCGCGUUCACCAGCAACUGUUGGCCGGAUGCUUUGGUCUGUGCAGCAUCGGAAACCACAAGAACCUAAACCAUUACCUGGAGGAUAUAUACGCGGCGCCGUUCAGAGUACAAGAGAAGAUUUUGAAAACAGUUCACAGCAUUUACAAGCUGCUUAUUACAUCUCUAGAAAAGUACUCGGAUAACGUGCCCAACAAGCACGUACAGCUGCUGACGGUGUUUGCGCUCAGCACCAAGUUUCAACCGAAAGAUCUGAUGCACGUCAUCAAAUGUGGCCUUCUGGGGAUCUUGAUCAAGAUGUUCAAUUACUUAUCCGUACCGAGUCAGAUAGUGAGCAAAUCGCAGAUGCUGAACGUAUCUGCCUUACGUCUGUCGCAUAUCCUGGCCAUGUCAUGUUCCAUUUACUGCAAGCGAUUGGACACAGCCACCGUGGACACCCUCAUCGAUAAGUUGCUCAUGCAGUUCAAGAACAUAAUCCAGUGGAAACCGAAUUUGAACGAGUGCAACAGUCACGAGGUGUACGCGUGGAACAAGGAGAGUUACGAUCGUAUUCUUGGAGAUUUCCUGGUCUUCCUACGAACCAUUUCAAUGAACAAAACGUUGCAAAGGAGUUUCUCGAAGCGAUCGUGGAUAGAUUCUCUGUUCUGGGUCCUGCAGAAUAGUGAAGACGACGUCGAUCUGAAACUGAAUCUGUACAGUUUGCGGCCGAAACUUUUGGCGCUGCAGAUUUUGCAGGCGAUCCUUCCGGGAAUGCAUGUCAAGAAGGAGUCGGAUUUUACCGAACGCAAACGCGUCGUUGACCAAUUAUUCGAUCAGCUCUCCUAUGAAAUGUGGGGAACGCUCAAAAAUUUGGAGAUCGACAGUGGUUUGAAGGAAACAGACGCUGGCGAAGUGUUCAUAAAGGAGAAUCAGCAGGAAGAUAAUGUUGUGAUCGAAGACUUUGGGUUCGAUCCGGAGAAAUGCAGCAAUUGCUACAUCGAGUCUAAUUUGACUCUUGUGCAUGGUCUGGAUGGACGCGGCUACGGGUUAGGUUUGAGCGCUAUGAAGACUGGUUGUUACCAAUGGAGGAUACUCAUCAUCAAGGAAAAUAAGGGAAACGAAGGAACGUGCAUCGGUGUAGCCCGAUACCCGAUUAACGACAGCCGCCACCGUAACUCGCAAGACAUGUGGCUGUACAGGGCGUACAGUGGCAGUCUCUAUCACAACGGCGAAUGCGAUCUGACUUUGGAGAGUUACACUCAGGGUGAUUACAUUACCGUCGUUCUGGAUAUGGACGGGAAAACGCUUAGCUUCGGAAAGAACGGAGAAGAACCCCGAUUGGCGUUUGAGAACAUCGACGCAAUCGAGCUUUACCCGUGCGUCAUGUUCUACAGUACGAAUCCCGGCGAGAAGGUGAAAAUAACCGACAUGCAAGUGAACGGUCACCAAAGGGCGUAUCUGACAGGCGAACCCAAAUUAGCCCCAAUGCAGAUGGUACUCACAGAAUCGAUAAUAACCGUUAUAAGGAAACUGCACAACAGCAACGCUUGGACGGCACUAAUUAACGAAGAAAUAUUGGACAGAUUGCGAGACAUUGCUGCACUCUUUCCGCCCAGAAAAUCUCAAGACGAGACAUAUUUCUCGUCUCUGAAGUUGGACAUCCUCUGCGCCAGGGUGUGGCCUUCGCUUGCCGUGAUGGGCGGUGUCGAUAGAGGUUUGCGUAUGGGUGGAAUGUGCAGGUUGAAGUCGACCGGAAAGCGCGGUAUUGUCUUGGGUGUGGUCAAAAAGGGUGCUGUCCCUAUAAAAGUCCAAUGGGAACCGGACGGGGAAAUAAGCGACGUCAACAUAGUUUCCUCUCUGGAUUUCAUAGAUGCUCCACCCUUCAACAUGAAUAAAUUUAACGGACUUACGGAUACCAUGAUUCGCCAGAUAAUACGUUUAAGCGGAAUCACGGAAGAGAUCGAAUUACCCAAAGCGCACCUAUCAAAACGGGAAAGAGAAAUUCUGACCUCCGUCGAUUCAGAAGACAGAAAGUCUUGGAACGCGAGGCGCUCCAAUUCCGAUUCAGAAGUACUGAACGAUUCGAACUUGGAGGCGAGCAACGCCAGGACCAUGGAAUCUCUGACAAAUAUGAUGGUUUCUAGCAUCAUGGGCGAGGUGAAGCGACUGAACAGCGAGAAAAUGCCGUCCUCACAAAGCGAUACGACGCUGGAGGACCUGGAGGUGAAGCGGUACAGCGAGGCGAGGAAGCAGGAAGCGAAGGUGUUGCAGGAUCGACUGCUGGAUGUAGAAAUCAAUGUUCUAAGAUUGACGUCGCUACAGUUCGCAUCUCUCAAAUGCAUAUUCGAAUUACUCACGUCGGGCAAGUACUCUGAGCUGUUCAUGAUCAACGAUAAUCUGCGACUGCAAAACAACGAAUCUAAGGAGAAUCGUAGACUGAGGGAAGCCAUCCGGGAGGUGAUGAAUGCAGUCGUGGAGAAGAGCGUUGAGCAGUGCAGAUUGAAGAACAUCGUCAGCGUGGUAGAAUUGGAACGGGCUCAGAGUAUGCUCUACUCGAACCACGUGAAGUGCAGAAUCCACGGGAUCUAUAAAAAUUGGAACGGCGAUCGUUAUGCUGGGACCGAAACUUCCAAGAACAAACGGAAGGCGGAUACUUUUGGAGCGUAUCCACCGACUUUUCCCACCUGCACUAGGGGCACCUCUUCCUUGGCAUUCAGACCCGUUCGGUAUCCUCCGUCGCAUUCGCCUUCGAGACUGCAGUUGACCAUAUCAAGUAUAUCUCCGAGGCCCUUCUAUUCUGAAUCGACCACAAUUCAAGCAGAUCUUCCCCCGUCCUUUUUGCCAAACGCAUCUGCGAAUUCUAUAAUUUUCGAGAAUACUGAUUUGGAUGAUGAUAUCAGAAUGAUGCGGACCACGUCGAACACGUCGCCGUUGCAUGUUCCGGAUAUAGCCGAACCGCUUCUGGAGAUGGGUUUCCCAUUAAGACUUAUAAUGAAGGCAAUCGCGGAUACGCGUUGCCCUCACGAGCUGAACGCGCACACCGUCAACUUGCUAGCUACCUGGAUGCUCAAGCAUCCUUCCGUCGACGACGAUGGUGCCCAGGGCAGAGGACAUUCCACUGACGAAGCGGCCAGAUGUUCGUCCCGGGGCAGCACGAGAAACCGGCAGGAUGAGCCUGGAAGCACUUCAGAAACCGACGUCGUUUAUCGAAGGGGAAUCAUGGGAUGGCGCCGUCGUAUAUCUUCAGAUUUAAGGUACUCCAAUUUGGAUAGGCGCGAGAGGUGGCACGUCCGCGGUGAAGCCCAUCCUCUUAUAAGAAACACGUCUCCGGUUCUCGACGAUUUUGAUUUCAAUUUAUCCCCUCCGACCGAUCUAUACGUGAGGACGGAUUCGUGCAGCUGUCCUUUUUGCGCAAAAUUAAGCAACGGCAGUCCGAACAAGCCCGGUACAUCAUCUACGAAGAGUUUCUUCAAUCAGGAUGAUCAAGCAUCACCGGAUGCUGAAGUUGCAGGUGCGAAAUGGAUUGAGUAUGAAGAGCUACGGAAGGACAGCGAAAAGAUGGAAUUGUACAAUCUACAUUGUUUGGCGCCGGACAUAAUAUAUAAAGAUACAGAAUCAAGUGAAUCGGACGUAGAAUCGAUUGAUUUUUCAUUUUUGCUGGACAACGAUGCCAUAACUGCGGUAAAGUCAUCGCUGCGAUUAAGCGAAUCAUAUUUUCAAGCAAAACCGAUUGAUUUCUCCGAGGCGGAUCCAUUGGGCACGAACACCGUCCCCUCGGUGGACAUCAAAUCGCACCGUCAGACGGACUACACUUUCAGAGAUAUGGGAGCACAGGCCUUCAAGCUGAAACUGCCCGGUGAUCGGAUCAUUGCCUGCAAGUAUUUAAGUAGGACCGUCCGGGUGCUGCUAUGUCGCCGCAUAGUGCUAUGUGCUCUUUCCUUAUUGUCGCGGAAUGCCAGCACCAUCAAUCUGGUAGACAGUUUAGGAACGAUUGGAUUGUCGGAUAUCAGCAAGGUGGUGAAGCUUAUGACACUAGCGUCUGAGAACCGAGUGGAGGUAGUAGACUUCCAGAAUACCGGCGAUAGCAGUGAGUGUGCGCUCUGGUUGAACAAGAGUCUGACUAAGCUGUCGCUUAAUAUCCCUGCUACUGACAACGGUUGUUUGCAAAACCUGAGCAUCGCUAUCGCAGCCUUGGCCAAGAACGACGCUAACUCGUCCAAGAUGGUCUUGAACAUGUGUACGAGAGAUCUGCUAAUGACGGCGCUGAAGGUGUCCAAGUGCGGCUUUGCUGUGACCCAGGCAUUGGUCUCUAUACUAUCCUCGCAUGGUGGCUGCUCUCUGCUCGACUACCCGAAGGAGGAAGCUUGCGCAUCGGCGGUGAUCCGCAAUUGCGGAGCGCUCAACCUGAUGAACGCUUUGUCGGCGUGCAUUAUCUCACAGAUAUCGAGCGAAACUAGGCAGUGGGCGACGCAGCAGCUCUUCAAGUGCAUCUCGACUAGGUUCGAGCAGUAUACCGGUUACGAGCAGGUCAACUACGCCGAUCUCGGUGAAUACCUACCCAAAGGAAAGGUGACGAAACUGGAGGGUCACGAGAACCGUAUCUGUUGCAUUGCCUACUGCAAGACCAAAGGACUGCUGGCCUCUGCAGGUUAUGAUGGUACCGUUCGUAUCUGGUCUUUUGAUAAUUUUAAUAGCCAGAUGGAUUCGGACAGAUCCCAACAGUAUCCCAACCGCGAGCAAACGCUCGUCUUCCAUGAGUCCAUGGACGUUUACGGUCUCGAACUCAGCAACAAGCCGAUCACGAACCUAUGUUGGUCACAGUAUGGUAACUGCCUUGCCGCCUCCAUGGGCAACAUUGUCAACAUUUGGAAUGUAACCGGUACAUCCGCCAACCAAGAUGAUCGAGAUUGGUAUAUCGAUGAUCAGCAUGUGCAAGUCACAUGUAUGACUUGGCCACAGUACAAGCCUGACAGCGACGUGGACUACAUUUUGAUUGGCAAAAUUGACGGCACCGUUACUUUGCUAGCCAUACAGAAGGAUCAGAAGAAUAUCGUCAAGAUCUUCAGCACCGAUGAAACUAAAGUUGUGACGCAAGUCGAUUGGUAUUACGAGGAUAAGGAAUUUGCUAUUGCGUAUAAUGAUGGCACUGUGAAGAUUGGAACCAUUCACAGUAAUCCGUCGACGCAUAAAAUGCACGAGCGUGAAGUGACCUGCUUGAAGUAUGGACCUCAAGCUAAAUUUCUAGCGACCGCCUCAUCAGACAUGACCUGCAAGAUUUGGUCGUUCCGUGAAAAUGCCCUGACAUUGGUCCACAUGCUGAGUAUCAAGCAAAUGCCCAGCUGCAUCGAUUGGAUGCAAAAUGAAAGUCCUUACGUGAUCGCCGUUGGAACGACGCACGGCUGUGUCAACGCCUGGUUGCUUCCGGUGGAUGGAAAGUUACCGAAAUUGUUAAUAAGCAAGCAGGGACAUUUCUGCGAGUCAAUUGCAAGCAUCAGCGUAGACAGAAAUGGUACAUUCGUGGCCACAUCGAGCGCAAAGGCUCCGAACGGCGUAGUGAACGUCUGGUCCUUGCCCGACGGCGUUCUGGUAUAUACGCUGAAGGGCGGCACCGAUUUUAAUGGACUGCAGUGGACAUCCGAGAACAAACUCUGCGUAGCCUUCAAUCGCUCAAAGGACGUACACAUUUUUGACUACACCUGCAACGAUUACUAUGAGUGCAGAUCUCUGUGCAUGGCUCGAACACUUCUUCUAGAAAACGGCGUAAGAGACUUGCAGAAUGCUACGUUUUUCAAAUCCUUCGUCACCCAACUCCCCACGAUGAUUGCGGAUCAGCAUCAAGCGGAAAAACUGCAAGUGCAAACUGGAUCACAGCUAAUGCAUAGCGUCUACUUGAAGAGCUUAAACUCUAUUGCGCUGCUUCUAAAUCUGAACCGCGUGAUCUGCUACAAUCCAACGCCAGCACGCGAACACAUAUUGAACACGUAUUGGCUGGAGAACUAUGCAAGAACGGUGCGCAUUUCGGAAUAUUUGGUAACACGUUCGAAGCUCGUUAAGGAAGAUGAAGAUGAUGCAGAAAGGGAUGAUGAGGUGUGGCGUGAUGUGGAUUGGAGCAUUAAGCAGGACGAACAAAUUAUGCAAUGGGUAACGCAAAGACCGCAGGAUUGGCAGAUCGGCGGAAAAUGUAUGACGUACCUGUGGGGAUCAAACAGGAAUGGACAAUUAGCCGAGGUGAAUGGUAAAACGUCCGUGCCGAUACCGGUGCAUUCGUUUAACAUGGCGAAGAAGAUCAUCUGCGGAAAUAACUGCACUUUCGUGAUACUGGCCAAUGGGUCGGUGCAGGCGUGUGGCGAAGGCAGCUACGGAAGGCUCGGUCAGGGCAACUCUGAUGACCUCUACGCGUUGGGCAUCAUCUCCAGCCUGCAGGGAUUCGUGAUCACCGAUCUGGCGACGUCGGUGGGUUCGGACGCUCACAGCUUGGCUUUGGCUGAGAGCGGAGAGGUGUUCUCCUGGGGCGAUGGGGAUUAUGGUAAGCUCGGUCAUGGAAACAGUGAUCGACAGAGGAGGCCUCGACAGAUCGAGGCACUGCAGAAUGAGGAAAUCAUUCAAGUAUCUUGCGGAUUCAAGCACAGCGCUGUUGUGACUUCCGGUGGAAAGCUGUUCACCUUCGGAAAUGGCGAUUACGGAAGACUCGGUUUGGGCACUACGUCGAACAAGAAGACUCCGGAAAGAGUUAACUUUGCGCAGAACGUGAAGAUCGGCCAGGUGUCUUGCGGAUUGAAUCACACCGCUUGCGUUUCGGUGGACCGCACGAGCGUAUGGACGUUCGGUGAAGGAGAUUUUGGCAAACUGGGCUUGGGUCACGCGAAGAGCAAGUCCGUGCCGCAGCUGGUGGAAUCCAUGUACGGUGUGGGCGUGAAGAAGGUCGGAUGCGGUACGAACUUGACCAUAUUUUUGACGGAAGCCGGGAAGAUCUUCGUGUGCGGAAUAGAUCGCAUCCACUGGCAGGUGCAGACGUGCAAGAAGUCGAUGUACAGACCACUGGAACUGACCAAACUGAGCGAGUACACUUUCGCGGACUUUGCGAUCGGCACCGAACACGCCUUGUUCUUGACCACCUGCGAUAAAGUCUUCGCAUGGGGCAUGAACGGCGACGAUCAGCUGGGCAUUCAGCAGGCCAUCAUCUGGGAGCCGGAGAUCAUACCGCAAUUAUCCAACAAGGGUAUAAGACAAAUAUCGACGGGGAGAUCGCACAGCGCCGCUUGGACGGCCACCCCCUUGCAACAACGCAAACCGGGCGCGCUCGGUUCUCUGACAUUCGGUGUACCCGACGAGGUGCCCAGCCAAUUCGAGCAUCUGCGUGGAAUUUCCAUGGCCGCUAUACAAUCUCGACUGAAAUUCCUCAAUAACUUCUCCGACAAACUGUAUGCCUGUUGGACCCUGAUGCCACUCUGCGCUGAGCAGACCGACAUGAACGUUGAACCGCUGAAGGCUUUGAUUUCUCCGCAAUUGAGACCGCUUUUUGCGUCCAGAGUUUACACGUUGCCCUUCGUUAGAUGCAUUGGUAAAACGAUGGUUCAGGGCAAGAAUUACGGACCGCAGAUAACCGUAAAGAGAAUCGCCAACAAAGGGCACAAAUUCAAGCCAAUCUUCAUCCAAAUCGCUAAGCAAGUCAUCGACAUUCGACCAAGCGAGUUACGUUUACCUUCGAGAGCGUGGAAGGUGAAGCUGAUCGGGGAAGGCGCCGAUGAUGCUGGUGGUGUAUUCGACGACACGAUCACCGAGAUGUGUCAGGAAAUAACAAACGGAACGGUGCCGCUUCUCGUUCCCACACCGAACGCAGUGAACGAUGAGGGCUUCAACCGCGACAAGUAUCUGUUCAAUCCGCAACUCACUUCGCAGCAGGACAUCGUUUGGUUCAAGUUCUUAGGUAUAUUAUUCGGAGUCGCUAUUCGCACCAGGAAACCACUGGCUCUGCCUAUAGCCCCGUUGAUCUGGAAGCUAAUAGUGGGUGAUACGGUGAGCAUUGAUGAUCUGGAGGAGACGGACAGCAUGUACAUGCAAAGUCUGCGGAGCAUCAGGGACAUUCAUACGGAGGGCGUGACCGAAGAGAACUUCCACGAGGUGAUCCCACUGGAGAACUUCGAGGGGAAGAGCUGCACCGGAAAGAUGGUGCCGAUCGUACCAGGGGGACGGAACGUUCCCUUGACAUUCUCCAACCGUAAGCAGUAUUACGAGCAGGUGGUGAAAUUCAGAUUGAAAGAGUUCGAUCUGCAAGUGGCGGCUGUACGGGAAGGCAUGUCGGGGAUCAUCCCGGUGCCGCUGCUCUCUCUGGUCACCGCCGAGUACAUGGAGCAAUUCGUGUGCGGCAUGUCGCAAAUCUCGAUCCCAUUGCUGAAGAAGGUUGUCAGGUACAGGGAUCUAGAUGAGCAUCAUCAGCUAGUUCAAUGGCUGUGGAACAUCCUCGAGAGCUUCAGCAAUGCGGAACGCGUUCUCUUUAUGCGUUUCGUUUCCGGCAGAUCGAGGCUACCAUCAAAUCUGGCCGACCUCUCGCAGCGAUUCCAGGUAAUGAAGGUCGAUCGCACUGUUAAUGGUUUGCCGACGGCGCAGACUUGCUUCUUUCAAUUGCGUCUUCCGCCGUACACGAGUCAGGAGGUGAUGGCAGAGAAACUGCGUUACUCCAUAAACAAUUGCCGAUCCAUAGACAUGGACAACUACAUGUUGGCGCGGAACACGGAAAUGGGACCCGGCUCCGACGAAGAGUUCUGAAUCACAUCCGGUUCAUAGAAUUUUUUUUACUUUUUCGGAAUUAAUAUUGAUUUUAUAUUUCAAUCAAGUAUUACAAUUUACGAUUACUUUAGUCCUAUUAUAUAUAUAUAUAACAAA